UAUUUGCUGUGUGAACGUGUUGCGGUUAAGUUCGUCGAAACGAAAGAAUUUUAUUCGUAAUAGUCAUUGUUGUUUCUUCAGCUUAUUUAAUAACUUAACCAAAUUACGUCCGGUUUCGAUUCUUCUAACCAAUUCGUUAAUGCAAAUUUUUCCCUUUAAAUAAUUAAAUGCAUUUGUUAAUAGCUUUAUUACUAUGCUGUACUCUAUGGGGUCAGGUGGUGAUUGUUAAAUGUGGACCGUUACAAACAUUAUCGGCUGACUCAGGUAAUGGUGAGGACAAGAAACCUUGGGAUUUAAAUGAAGCCAUAUUUGCUACAUCGAAAAUACGAUCUUUUAAUGGUACUUGGAUAUCCGAUAAGGAAUUUUAUUACGGCGCUUCCGACAGAUCUUUGCACAUAUAUGAUGUCGUUGCCGGAACGGAUGAAAUAUUUGUACCAUCCAAGAUUUUGGAGAAAUAUGGUAAAGGCAGUUCAGCUAUUUUGUCGCCCAGUGGUACAAGACUUUUAAUACGCUUUAAUGUGGAACAUAUUUUUCGUCAUUCAUCUGUAGCCAGAUACGAUAUUUAUGAUCUUAAUACGGGCCUUUCAACUGAGAUGCAUAACGGUAAAAAAUUACAAUACUGCAUAUGGCAUCCUCAUAACGAUGAUCAUUUGGCUUAUGUUUACAAUAACAAUGUUUUCGUUCAUCGAGUUGGUACCGGAGAGGAAAUACCUCUUACCAGCGAUGGUAAAAAUGGAGUAAUUUACAAUGGUAUUCCUGAUUGGGUGUACGAAGAGGAAGUAUUAAGUAACAGUAACGCGUUAUGGUGGUCUCCGGAUGGUUCCAAAUUGUUAGUAGGUUGGUUCAACGAUACCGAUGUUGAAACAUAUAAAUAUUUCAUUUAUGGAGAAGCCAACGAUCCCGAAGAUCAAUAUCCUACAGAGGUAGAUCUUAAGUAUCCAAAAUCGGGUACAAAUAAUCCUUUAGUAGCGGUACGAUUAUUUGAUAUAAGCUCUUUAGCACCUUCGAUGGUGCUAAUUACAGCACCUACUGAUGUUGUAGGCAAAGAUCAUAUAUUGCAGAAUGUAAAGUGGACGAAUAAUGACAAAUUUAUAGUCACUUGGUUAAAUCGUCGGCAAAAUAUUGCUUCUAUUCAGGCUUGUAGCGCAGAGGGUGUUUGCAAAGAGGUAAAGCGUUUAAGUGAGCCCGCUGGCUGGAUUUCUAUGACCAACCUGCUUUGUUUAAAAAGUGGUGAAAGAUGUUUAUUUUCCAAUUGGAUUGAUAAUUGGUAUCAAGUUUGGAAUCUGAAUUUACAAAAUGGUGAUAAUUUAUGGACCAGUCGCGGAAACUUUACCGUAUUGAAUAUCUACGGCUACGAUGAGGAUAAAGAUAAAUUAUAUUACCAGGCUACAAUGCCGUACGAUCCUUCUAUAUAUCACGUAUUUAGUAAUGAGGAUUGUUUGACUUGUUCUUUACGUGACAGUGAAGGUGAUUUAUGCCGUUCUGCUACGGCUUCGUUUAGCAAAAAUUUCACUUAUUUUAUGGCGACUUGUGCCGGUCCAAAUCCUAGUUAUAGCAAAAUUGUACGAACCGAAACUAAAAAUGUGGCCGCUGAUUGGGAAUUAAAUACAGAAUUUCGUGAAAAAUUAAGCACAAAACUUAGACCGACGAUAAAAUAUAUGAAUGUAACUUUGGCUGAUGGUUCCCGGGGAAUAGCUAGAUUAAGUUUGCCCCCUAAUUUGGAUGAGAAAAAGAAAUAUCCUCUUAUUGUAUGGGUCUAUGGGGGGCCUAAUUCGGUAAGAGUGACGAAUAGUUUUACCGUAGGUUUUGAGGCUUACCUCACGACAAAACGUCAAGUAAUAUACGCCCAAAUAGAUGGUCGAGGCACCGGAAAUAAAGGAAAAGCAUUGUUACAUUCGAUCAACAAUCAUUUAGGUGAAUUUGAAGUAGCUGAUCAGAUAUACGUAACCAAAUAUCUGCAGCAAGAAUUGCCUUACGUAGACGCUGAGAACACCGGCAUUUGGGGCUGGAGUUACGGAGGUUAUUUAACUGCGCGAACUUUGGGCAAUGACACGCACGGGGUUUACAAGUGUGGCGUUUCUGUGGCCCCUGUUACUUCUUGGCUAUACUACGACAGCAUUUAUACCGAACGUUAUAUGGGUUUGCCGACACCCGAAGAUAAUCUUCGAAAAUACAUGGAAACCGAUGUUUUUGAUAAUGUUGAAAAUUUCCGCCAUCAUGACUUUUUAUUGAUACAUGGCUCUGCGGAUGAUAACGUUCAUUAUCAGAAUAGCUUAAUGUUGGCCAAAGUUUUACAGCAGCAUCAAAUAAUUUUUGAUGAAAUGACUUAUACCGACGAAAAUCAUUCCAUAGGUAGUUUUUUGCCUCAUUUGUAUCAAACUAUGGAUCGUUUUUGGUCUUCCUGUCUUAAUUUGGAGGUUUUUGAAGAAUAUGAGAACUAAGCUAAAUAUGUAAAUAUGUUCCAAAGUUUUAGAAAUAUUUGAUUAUUAUACAACAA